AUGAGUUGCAUCAUAAUAGAUUUUCUCUUUCUUACUUUUCUUCUUCCAUUUCAUUUUAUUUUUAUUCUUUCGUUAUUUCCUUCUUUUCCUCUUUUCUCUUUUAUUCUCCCUCUGAUAUUUACUCUUCUUUUUCUUCUUCUCCUCCUAAAACAACUCCCUUUGCUUUUUACUAUACUACUUCUUCUUCUUCUUCCAAAACAAAUACCUUUGAUUUUUACUAUUUCUUCUUCUUUUUCUUCUUUUCUUCAUCAUCAUCAUCAUCAUCAUCUUCUUCUUCUUCUUCUAAAACAACUCCCUUUGCUUUUUACUGUUUCUUCUUCUUCUAAAACAAUUCCCUUUGCUUUUUACUGUUUCUUCUUCUUCUUCUUCUUCUUCUUCUUCUUCUCAAAGAAGUUCCUUUGCUUUUUACUAUUUCUUCUUCUUCUUUCUUCUUCUUCUUCUUCUUCUUCAUCAUCAUCUUACAACUCCCUUUGCUUUUUACGGUUUCUUCGUAUUCUUCUUCUUCUAAAACAACUGCCUUUGCUUUUUACUAUUUUUUCUUCUUCUUCUUCUUCUGUUCUUCCUUUUUUGCUUGCUUUCGUCCUUCUUUCGGCCUCCCCCAUUUUUUCUUUCCCGUCUGACUUAUAUCUUCUCUUCCCGCCCUCGUCUCCUACACUUAAUCUUUUCUAUCUUUCUUUAUUUUCCAUUUUCCGCUGUUUUCUCUUCAUUAUUUUUGUCUUUCGCGACUUCCUGUUCUUUAAAAAAAACGAAAAAACAACCUCCUCCCGUUUAUUCAAUUCCUCAUAUGCUCUUUACCUGACUUCCUUUCUAAAUCAAUCCCAUCCUUCCUUUCUUCCUGUUCCGUUAUGCAUCGCUUCCGGUUUUUUCUUAAAGUUCUCUUAUUUUCCCUUUUAUUUUUCAAUUUUCUCCUCCUUUAUUCUUCACUUAAAUUUUUCUUAUUUUUCUCUUUAA